AGGAGAGCAGAGGCAACUUACACAUAGACAACUAAAGGAACAGAAUCAGAUUCUAAAAUUUUAGGUCUAUAACAUCACUGCUAUCAUUUGAAAAUGAAGAGGAUCGUGCUUGUUGCUUUCUUUGCAUUUUUGAUCAGCAGCAGCUAUUGUACUCGAACUGGUGAUGAUACAGAUAAUGAAGAAUCAGUUAAUGUUGCAGAAAACGGUAAAUUCAAGGAAACUAAUGACCUUGAUUCAGAAUUGGUGACUAAUACAGAAUUGGCCACUAAUACAGAAGCAGAGGCAACAGAUGAUAAAGCUGAACAGCAGAACAUUGGCCUCAAACUCACUGAUAAAGGAAUUGUCAUAACACUUACACCAGAUUAUGACUCCAGAGGCAGUGGAGUUGUAUACACUCGCUGGGGAAAGACAACUUGCAGAAGUGGAGCAGAAAGAGUCUAUGCUGGAUAUGCUGGAGGCAGUGGAUAUCAUGAGCAUGGAGGAGGAGCAAACAUUGUGUGUAUGCCAACCAGUGGUGUGGGACAUCUCAGCACUCAAAACCCUGGACACUAUACUUUCAUGUAUGGAACAGAGUAUGAAUCACAAAACAAGAUCUGGAGUAACCACAACUGGAAUGUCCCUUGUGCUGUGUGUUAUGUUCCUGACAAAUCUACUAAAAUGCAGUUGCCUGGUAGGAUCAACUGUCCAGACUCAUGGACCCAAGAGUACAGAGGUUACUUGAUGGCAGAUCACAGAGGACAUCGAAGAAAUCAAGUUUUUGAAUGCAUUGAUGAAGCUGGAGAGAAGAUUCAUGGCAGCAAUAGCGACACAAAUGGUGCACUGCUGUACUUUGUGAUGCCAAAGUGUAAUCAGGGAAUGCCUUGUGGUCCUUACAAUGCUAAUAUUGCUAUAACCUGCUCCAUCUGCACUCGCUAAAAGCCUCAAUUCAACUAUGGACUGUGGAUAUCGGACAUCGGACAACAAACUUAGGACUUUUUUGAUAUUAGGACUUUUACUUUUUUUGAUGUGUUGUCAUUAAUUCUGUUGAAGUUAGUUUUUGUUUUUUUAGAAAAAAGUUUUUUAGCAGCUCA